AUGCAACAAUCACCCGAUGAAGAAGUUUAGAGAUUGAGAGCCAAAUCAGACUUAUAAUCUGUAACAUAUAUGCAGUGAAAAAGAUAUUUUUAUUAGUGUCAAUUAUUAUGGGCUUUUGUUUUUUAUUUAAUUCAAAUAUAACAUUUGGAUGGGAUUACAAAAUAAUUAUUGUAUAUGCUUGCACUACAUAAUUUGCUUUUAUGAUAUCGAAACUGCUUUCCAGUAAAGGGUAUUGUUUUGCAAUUUGAAAUUAGCAUCAAUUCUUAUUGUUGUUUUGCCAUUUUGGAAAGUGCUCUCUUAAUUACAUAUUUAUUAGGGAUAGUUUAUAAUAAUGAGAUUUCACCAAUUAAUAUUAAUUUUAUAAGCUAUGCUCAAUUAAUAUUAUAAUUCGUGAUAUUAGCAAUUACUGUUCUAAUAAGCAGACAAAGUGUUGAGAAUGAUGCUUAAGAUCAGUCAAAAUAAAUCUAAGAAAUUGUAUUUUAUUAUAUGACCUAUUAUAUUAAGUUAAUUGCUGCAAUAAAAAGUAUAGGUUCAUUACAAAUUGUAUUUUUAAGUUUAAAAUGGAGUAAAUCAAUUAAUUGGGGUUGGAUGUAAACUCUUGUUAUUGUAUGGUUUUGUAUUGGUACAAUGGCGUUGAUUGAAAUAUGUUUGAUUAUAGAUUUGAUAUUUAAGUGUUGCAACGAUUAACUUCAAAAUAAAAAACUUUUGAGUAAGAAAGAUUUGAAUAAUUAGUUUAUGGAGGUGUUUGGGUGAAUAUUGUGCUUGUAGGAUUUAUCAUUGAUUCUGGACUAACUUUUUUAGGAUUAAGUUUGUUAUUGGACUAUAAUAUCUCUUACAUUAAUUUAUAUGGUUUUAUUACUUCAAUAGUAUAUUAUAUAUUCUAGAUUUUGUUCUAUUUAAAAAAUUAGGAAGAAUUAAUGUAGUAUAAUGUUUUAUUAUUAGAUAAUUUUUAAAUUUGUCUGAUACCUAAUAAAUUCAACCAGCUGAAUAGCCGAAUGAUUAAAUUACAUUAAAAGAGAGAAUUAAAUAAAUUCAUAGAAUUAGUGUAAGCAAAGUUCCAUAAUUCAUGGUGAAAUUGUCAGCAACAUAUUUUAGAAAAUAAGAAACAAAUGAUAAUCAAAAAAAUCAAAAUGAAUUAGGUUCAUCUUAAGUUAAAAAGUUUCGAUCAAUAAGUUUUUCUGAAAUAAAAAAACAAAAGGAUAUUAAGAAAAGUCCAUCACAGGAUUUGGAUGAAGAUUUAACAAAAAAAUUUGAUUAGUUAUUAUCAUCUCCCCGUCUAAAAUUAGAAGUAAGUGAUAGUAUGGCUCCAGAAUUGUCAAGCAGAGGAUAACAAAAAUAAAAUGUUUUAUGUCUUGUUUGUUAUGAAAAAGAAAGUAAUAUGAUAAAUUAGCCUUGUGGUCAUGGAGGAUUUUGCUAAGAAUGUUCAUAAUAAUUAUUGUCAAAGAGUAAUUUUUGUAUGCUAUGUCGAAAACCUGUUACUCAUACAUUACUUGUAUAAGGAAUUGAAAAUCGAGAAAGCUUAGUUGAAGUUGUUGGAAUAUAUUAAGGAGGAUAGAAAUAAAGAUGA